UCCGGCGCCGGGCGGGAAACCGUUCUGCCGGUGCGGCAGUGACCGGCAGCCGGGCCGGGGGCCGCCGCCGCCGGCCUGGAGGCCUCCUGUUCGCCCCUGCUGGGCCGCCGGCCGGAGCCGGCUGUUGUGAUUGGCCGCUCAGCCGGCGCCGGCCCCACGAGCGGCGUCCAUGAAUCACGGACGGUGGCCGGCCGGCACGGCCAGAAGCGCUCGCGCAGCCCGUCAGCGGGCCGGUGCCGCUGCCGGCUGGCCGCCGGGCCCAUGCUGCGGCGCGCUGCCAUCGGACUCCUGCUAGUCACCGCCGCCGCGCUCGUGGUCGCGCCACUAUCGUUCUACGUCGGAGCUCGCCACGCAUACCAGAAGUACACGGAGGAGAUAGCGCGUCUGCACGGUGACCUGCGCGCCACACAGCAGCACCAGGGCGUCUACCUGCCGCCGGAGAGGUACUCCAGCAUGGUGGGUCAGCUGGAGCAGCAGCGGCGCGACAUCCACCAGAAGGCCGACCACAUCAGGAACCUUGAGCAGGAGAUGCAGAACAAGGAGGUUAUUUUUGCCGGUCUGAAGAAGGCAUUAAAAAAGAAGACCGUAAAGCUUGUUAACAAUGAAGAACAGCUCUGUCAUGCCAAGCGGAAGCUUCGGAAACCAAAGCAGCCGCUGCGGCCGGCCGACCCGGCUCUGUCGGACGAGCGGAGCCCCCUGUCGGCGCAGCAGGACCAGGGCGAGCGCCGUCUGGCGGCCGACGACCAGCCGCCGUCGGACACUGAGCGGCCCCAGUCGGACCCGCAGGCUGAGGACGGCCCGGCCGGUCGGCGUACCCCGCUGGGCCGGCGCAACGAGCUGGUCGGCCGCCAGUUCCACGCCCAGUUCCAGACGGACAUGGCACGACUGGAGUCGGCCCUGGAGAACGCCUUCCAGAUGCAGCGCGCCUUCUGCACGCAGAUGUACGCCAACCUGGGCGCGGCCGUGGAGAGGCGGAAGCACGAGGUCGCCUCCCUGACCAGCCUGCUGAGCGCGCUGCUUGGAUCGCAGACGGAGCAGCUGCGCGAGCUGGAGGCACACGCUCAGUCGGAGGCGGCCGGCCAGCACAGCUGGAUCGGCGCGCAGCUGGCGGCGAUUGCGGCGCGCCGGCAGGCCCAGGCCGACACCCUGUCGGUGCUGCAGCGGCAGCUGGCGGCCGGCGCCGAGGCGGUGCUGGCGCGACUGGCGCAGCUGGACGCCAGCGCCGAGCAGCGCCAGGCCGAGCUGCGCCGCUGGCUGCAGCAGCACGACGCCGGCCUGCGCGCCGUGCUCGACGAGCUGGCCGAGCUGGUGCGCCGGCGGGAGCAGCAGGCGCGCCAGGAGGCGGAGGAGCGCGCCGCCGCCCUGGAGGCCGAGAACCGGCGACUGGUCGACCGACAGGCCAAUCUCACCGGACGAAUAGAGUCCCUCCAGGCCAGUCUGGCGUCGAUCGGGGCAGCUUUAGCGGCCAGCUCAGCCACUGUCGAGCAGCUGGCAGCUGCCGCGGCUGAGGAGGGAGCCUCCGCCGAGUCAGCCGCAGCUGACAGGAGGGCGCUACUCGAGGAGACCAGGCGGGAGGAGACCGAGUUCUACACCGCUGCCGGGCAGAGGAUCGAGAGGGCCCGCGCGCGCCUCGUGGAGGGCACCUCGACCCUGAACACACUGCUCAGUCAGACAGAGAAACAGACGACCCGCGAGGCGGGCGAGGCGAGCACUCAGCUGGAGCGAGCCCGCGAGGCCUGGACGCCGACCCUGGCCGAGCUGACGGCCGGCUGGGACGAGCACUCUCAGCUGCAGGAGGAGGCGCUGCGGGCCCGCUCGGAGGCCGUCAACGGUGGCCUGCAGCACGCCCAGAAGCGGGUGCAGAACUUGGCAUCGUCGCUGCACGGUGCCGUGCGCGGCAGUGACCAGCUGCUCGAGAGCCAGAGUCGCGGCUUCUUCGCGUCUAUCCGCGAACGCCAGGAGGAGCUGACCGACGAGUGCGCCAGGAUCGAGACCCAGUCGGCCGCCAUAGGGGAGAUGGUUCGACGGCGCGACAACGAGGUUGAGGUGUUUGUGCUGGACACGCUUCACCGAGACCUGCUGUUGGGCAGCACCCCUCGGCAGCGUCAGCUCUCCUACCAGCGGUACCGCCUGGCCGCCGCCCGGGGAAGACAGUCGGACCAGCCGGCCAGUGACGUCAUCGGAGGCAACAGCACCCAGCUGUCAGAUGAUCCAGCCGAUGACGGGUUGAAAACUGCACCGUCCCCGUUCAACGUCACUCGGCUGGAUGGGCGGCUAGAGGACUCGGUCUCCGACAGCAAGUCCAACAACCACACUAGCAGCGCUCCAAACCAGGGAAACGAGCAUGCAAAGCACAGGAGCAAGCUCUCCAGGUCAUCGGCCGGUCGACAUCGUCGGCGAAUGCGGCGCGCUCGAAGGCGCCACGCGUCUCGACGUGCCUCCCGAGCCAGGGAGAGGGGUGCACUCCGGUCACCGUGUCUGAUGCCCCCCGGUGGCUGAGUCUUAGGAAUACUGACAGCUUAGAGAGCCAAUAGGAGCCGCGGGCUGAGCUGCGGUCACUGACCUCUAACCUCAGAGCUCGGUCAGUUGUGCGGGUACCGAUACGGGACAUCUUUCACUCGGGUACACCCGAGUGUGACCUUAUGACCCCGAUAGACCGCCGCUGACGCCAGAGACACGGUAACUUCUCACUGCCAAAUGAAGCGACCUGCCUCGAACCACUGCCUCUGAUGUAGAGUUCAUCAUGACCUAGGUGCGCGUGGUGCCCCCGCUGCGACCCGGAGACACUCCCUGUGAUGUCGGUGACCUCACGUGGUGUGACGUCAUCUAAGGAAUUUCGACCGAUGUCGGGUGGAGCGCCCUUUUACAUACUGCCUCCUAUGGAGUGCACAACUGACGGGUGAGGCGCCUGUGGGCGAGAAUGUGAACAUUUGAACGAUCUGUGUCUGAUUUUGUUCGCAUUCAGACCAUAACGAGACAGCGCCCGGUGGGUAAUGUGAGGAGUCAGGUCAAACGAGUGCCAUGAGAUGUGUGUAAGUUGUGGUGACCUCACUGUGGGUAGCGGCGAUUGCUGUAUUGGUGUUACGCGAGUCACUAAGCCGGUAGACGCGUCCGGGCUUCCUGGUCAAACUGUGCCUUUCGGGGAUUUAGAACUGAACAUAACGCCUUUAUACGCUUUGCCGCGACUGAACAUAGCACACUUGAUAUCAAUUAUCAUGGACAGAUUGUUUUACAGUGAAAAUAAGACCCCCUAUCGUAUU